AUGGAGGCGGGCGAAGUCCUUGGGGAUCUCGACAACGCCAUGGAAGCUAGUAAGAUCCAGCAUAUUGCCAACACCAAUGCGCGGCUUUACACCGCUACCCCUCCCGUCGCACCAGAGCUCGACGAAUACAAGCGGAAGAGCAUCCUGCAGGCUGCAGCAGUCUCUAUGGCACGUGACAUGUAUGCUGUUGUUGAGGCCAAGGAGCAGGGCCCCAUCAGCCCCAGUCGCAUGCGCUCCCAGCGGACAGCGACGGGAGCAGAGCCGAUGAUCUUGCAACAGGCUUUUAGCUUACAAGAUGCCGCAGAGAAGCGGGCGGCGGAGAAGUUGGCCAGCAUGCAGGAUGAGGCGGCCAUCUACCGCGAAUACUACGGAAUCGAGCCCCAGACAACGCGCUCUAGCUUACAGGUCCGCAGACGAAGGCUAUCAAUCGACAGUGAUGCUUCUUCGGUUGACGCUGAGAGGUCGAAGGAGAUCAGAAGCCAAAUGUAUAGUUUGCGAACAAAGCUCGAUGCGGUGGAUGAGCGCAGAGAAAAGGACCGCGCGCUCCUGAUGGAAGCUGCGAGAAGAAAUGUCGACGCUACCAUCCAAGACAUGGAGAUGCGUGUUUAUGCCGAGACAGGGCGCGCCCCAGCCGCCAUGCAGAAGGAACUGGAGGAAACCGCCUUACUUCGCGCAAAGGAGAGACAAGAGACGGACGCGCAGUACCAGUUCGCCGACCGCGUGAAUAUCAGCUCCCAGAAAUACGUCGACAUGGCAGAUGUGGAGGCUCUCGCUCGUUCCCGGUUGCAACCCACGUUUGAUGAAAUCACGGACCGUGCGGAAACGAAGCGAGCUAGGGAGAUAGAGCAGCGUCUUGAUCAAGAAGAGGCUGAGAGACGAGAAGCCAUCCAACGCGAGCGAGAUGCUGACACAAGGGCAGAGGAGAGACGCAUGAGAGCUUCUUUGAAGACCGACUCCAAGUACAAAGAGGAGAAAGCCCGUUUGUGGAGCCGCAAGUCGAAGCGCACUUCCGAGAACGAAACCUAUACGUUAACUGGGGCUGUUGACGGAGCAGCAGACGAGGCACGCGCUGAGACUGCGCCGCAACAGACAUCCACGGAGGGUGCUCAGGGGACAACUGCAGGCGCUGUUACGGAGACUGCUCCCGGCGAGGCCAUCUCAAAGUCCGAGUCGAAGCUGAGAUCAUGGUUCAAGGGUCGGCUAGGCCGUCGUCCGAGUGGACCUGCAGCAGGCGAGGCUACGAAGUCAGGCAAGGACACUCUGGAAGUGGUCCCUUCAAUGGAACCAGGGCCAGCUGCAGAACAGCCAGAGGCUCAGGUGAGUGAAACGGCAGAACAGCAACCAGAGACCCGGGUAGUUGAAGCCACGGGGCAGCAGCCAGAGACCCGGGCCAUCGAAGAGACGGAACAACUGCCGGAGCCCCAGGUAGCUGAGAGGGAGGAAACACAGGAAGCUCGAGAGAUCUCAAGAGCUGAGCCAGUGCAGAAAUCCGAAGACGAAGACGGGCGAGCUUGGGAUAUUGCUCAUCCAGAAGAGAAGGAACCCGAAGUUCCGGAACUACCGGCUGCUCCUGUUGUCCCUGAAGAAUCUGAACAGGCAGCUGCCGAGGACGACUCGCGAGGAGCAGCGCUUCGAUCUCAUCCGGUGACGGCCAACGACCUUCGCGUUAUGAGUAAACGGAUGUCAGUCAGCGAAGGCCAGGAUGAGAAGGAAGCUGUCAGCCAGGCAGGUCAGGAAUCCGCGGGAGAUAGGCGCAGUCGUCUCGUGAGUGGGUUCAAGAAGAUUGUUUCCAAGAGCUCGUCGGAGGGUAAGACUGAAGGGAUUGGCAGCAAUGAUAUUGCUCGUCGAAGCUCGCAGGCCAUCCCCACUCCGGGGGUGGAGACGGAGGAACGGCGGGCGAGCGCGGCGGAACAAGGCCUGUCUGUCCCAACCGUUCGAACAAAGCGAGCGAGCAGCGGGACUGGGCGGGAAUCGAGGUUCUCGGAGAAGUUGUGA